CGCGAAGUUUCGAAAAGCGCGGGCAACAUCCGGGCACCUGGGGCCCUCGAGCUGAGGCGCGCCGGGUGACUUGAGUUUUUAAGGACUGCAGCCAUGCUGAAGUGCGGGAUGAACGGCAGUCAGUAUUUGGGAAAGCAAUCCAAGCUCUCUCACGAAUUAGUGAUGAGCUGUGGCUAGACCCCUCUGAAAAAGGUCUUGCUUUAAGAUCAAUGAAUUCUUGUCGGUCAGCAUAUGGAUGUGUCCUCUUCUCGCCUGUGUUUUUUCAACAUUAUCAAUGGUCAACCUCAGUGAAAAUGAAUGAUAGUGACACAAUAUCGAAUUUAAAUUGCAAAUUGGGAAUGAAGUCAAUUCUGCCCAUCUUUAGAUGUCUGAAUUCCCUCGAAAGAAAUGUAGAGAAGUGCAGAAUAUUUACCAGAUCUGAUAAGUGCAAAGUAGUUAUUCAAUUCUUUUGCAGACAUGGUAUGAAAAGGAUUCAUAAUGUGUGUUUUCAAGAAAGUCAGCCUUUGCAAGUUAUUUUUGAAAAGAAUAUGUGUUCUAAUACACUAGUGGUUCAACCAAGAGUGCUUGCUGAGGCAAUUGUUCUUUUUACAUCGAGUCAAGAGGAAGUUACUCUUGCUGUUACUCCACUGAAUGUUUGCAUUAAGAGUUCUAAUGAGGAAUCAAUGGAUUUGACCAAUUCUGUAUACAGUGAGAUGUUUGUUGGGCCAGAUGAGUUUGACUUCUUUCAAAUUGGAGUCGACACUGAAAUAACAUUUUGCUUCAAAGAACUGAAGGGAAUGCUGACAUUUUCAGAAGCUACACAUGCUCCUAUAGCCAUUCACUUUGAUUUUCCUGGGAAACCCAUGGCUUUAAGUAUUAACGACAUGUUAUUGGAAGCCAACUUUAUUUUGGCUACAUUAGCUGAUGAGCCAAGUAGAGCAUCUUCUCCACAAUCACUGUGUCUUUCACAAAAACGAAAAAGGUCAGAGCCGAUACAUUCAAAUUCAAAGGCUGGUAAAAAUGUAACCAGCAAGUCCCCAGAGUAUAUCUCAAGAAAAGCAGUACCCAGAAGGCUUUGUUCUAACGAGACUCCCACGAACAUCUCUUCACUGGAAAAUUGUGGCAGCCCUUUAACAAAAAGAGUGAAUGGAGAUGGAGACAUUAGUGAAGUACCAGAAAGCAGCAUCAGCGACUCCGAGGAAGUGCCAGGGUCUCCUUACCUCAGGAAGUUUUCCUGCAUGUUCUUUGGAGCAGUUUCUUCUGACCAACGAGAACACUUCAACCACCCCUUCAGCAGUCUGGCAACAGCAAGUGACAGUGAAGAGGAUGUGAAUAAUGGCAGUUUUUCCACAUUCUAACACUUCAUGAUGGCUGAGCUGGCCCCCCACCCAUUUACUGGCUCACUUGCACCUCAAACACAUUUUCACACUUAAGUCUAUGAUGGUAUUGUCUUGGACUUCCUUGAAAGAGAGAAUGGGCUACUGGUUUUUUAAACAUCAUCUUAUACAACAACCAUAUCUAGAAAUAGAGGCUUGUCAAGUAAACGUAAUUUGCUUUAAGUCCAUUAUGCUACUUGGGAGGCAGAAGAAUUUUCUGUGCAGGGAAAAAGCUCAUUAGAAAUUCUUCAAUUCAGUGCACGUUCACACUAGAGUUGUUAGCAUUUUUUUUGCCAGUUUUAUAAAGGUAUUUAAACUUUCUUUAGCAGCCAUUUCGAGUGCAUUAAUAUGGCUUGUAGAAUUUAGGUAUCUUUUAUAUUUGAUUGUAAACAUUUGAGUUUGGGUGUUUUCAGACUUAGUAAAAAGUUAUGCAGUCUUUUCUCAUGUAAUGCCAUAACUUUUUUUUUGUCCAUUGCUUGUUAUAUAUCAUUAAGAUUUUAAGUAAAAUAAUGUGAUUUUAAAAUUUUGCAGUGUGAUGCAGAAAAGAAUGAAAGUGAUGCCAAAAAUUAUCUCUGUAUUAUCUGAUAUAGAACAGCAGCCUCCACUGCUAAGAAAGCCUGGGUGUGGAGUGGAAUGAGGUGGAAGAUGAAUGUCUCUGUUCUUUGCCUCUUUAAGAAUUAGCUUGUUACCUGCACCAACUAAAAAAUCUGGCACAGAAAUAUUGUUAUGUAAUAUUUCUUGAUGCAUGUCUCCCUCCCCCAAACCUGUUUAUAGUCAAUUAUAACCUGACAAACUAGACUUUUGUAACACCUUAUUGUUAAGUCUGUGAAACCACCAAAUCGCAAGGAAAUGUUAACUGGCAAGCAAUUGUGCUUUAGAUUUUGUGAGGAAUUAAUAAAACAAAGGCGGCUGAGCAGAUUAGUAAACUUCAGAACUGUGAACAGAGUUCUAACUAAAACCAGAAUGAGUCUGGCUCUUAUAGCUGGUAAUGAGUCAGAGCUACCCACAAUAAGCUAAUAAAAACAAGUUCAUCCCAAAAUGUUCCUCAGUGAAUGAAAAUGGGCUUUCACCAAGCUUUUUGUGGAAACUGGCAAUGCCCACAUAAUUUCACAUUGUAGGCUAAAGAUUUAUGUAUUUUUGCUUACACUGAUGAUUAACACUGAAUUUUACAUAUUCCUAAUAAAUGCAGAUGACUACACAGAGAACAUUUAUACCCGCGAGUAACUGUAGGUCUCCUUGCUGAGGAUGAAGUUUCUGAUUCACUCAUUGAAAUGGGCCAGGGUGGUUUAGGCUGUGAAGGCAUCAUCCUCAGUAAUCACCUAGAGGCAGCGCUGGUCUAUAAAAGAUAGUUUACACUGUCAAACUGUAUAUAGUUUGGAUUUUUAGAAUUUGGAUACAGAAUGCUAAAUUUAAAUGACAUCACAUACCAUUUAGAGGAUGCAAAAGCCUUCUCAGCUGGGAAAACAUCUCUAUCCUACAUUCAAUUAUUAAUCCAUUUUGAUGAAUUUUUGAGGAAGCUAAACUGAUGUAGUAAAUCAGCUGGUAAAAAAGAGCCUUAGCAGAUAAACUAGUAAAAGGCAG